AUGUCUCCCUCAGAGCAAGACACCGAAGCUGUUCAUACCGAGAACAGACCCUCAUCUGUCAAUAGCAGCGAAUAUAGCACACCUGUCGAUAUCUCCGCUGAGCUUGAGAAAAAAGAGAGCGGACAUCCCGACGGAAAGCGCGAGCUGAAGGAAGGAGAUUGCUACGAGAUCCUAGGAUACUGCUGGCCACGAUGGAAGAAAUGGACCUAUCUGGUCGCGGUCGCAUUUGUUCAGGUUUCCAUGAACUUCAACACCUCGGUCUAUCCUGCUGCUGUCCAAAAUCUUUCAGAGGCUUUUCACAUUAGCGAACAACACGCUCGCACAGGUCAAAUGGCCUACCUGGUUACUUAUUCCAUUGGCUGUGAGCUGUGGGCUCCUUGGUCUGAGGAAUUCGGUCGCUGGCCCAUUCUUCAGCUCUCUAUGUUCUUGAUCAACAUUUGGCAGAUUCUUGCGGCCCUUGCCCCCAACUGGGGCAGUCUUGUUGUCGCUCGUGCAUUGGGUGGUCUCUCUACUGCUGGUGGUAGUGUUACUCUCGGUCUUAUUGCCGAUAUCUACGAGCCCGAGACGCAACAAUUCCCUCUCGCUUUCAUCGUAUUGUCAUCUUGUCUCGGUACCAGUAUUGGUGGUGUGAUUGGAGGACCAAUUGCGCGAUUCCUUGACUGGCAAUGGUUCUUCUGGAUUCAGCUGAUCUUCGGAGGAGUCACCCAGAUCAUCAUCUUCUUUAUGCCCGAGAGUCGUUCGACUAUUAUCAUGGACAGAGAAGCCAAGCGCCGCCGCAAGACCGGAGAAGACCCAAAUAUCUACGGACCCAACGAGAUGAAGAGCCCCCGUAUCUCCUUGAAGGAAGCUGGCAGGAUCUGGGCGCGUCCAUUCUACAUGCUUCUGCGCGAGCCCAUUGUCCUCUGUCUAUCUCUUCUAUCCGGUUUCUCCGAUGCUCUGAUAUUCAUCUUCCUCGAGAGUUUUGCCAUCGUCUACAAACAAGGAUGGGGCUUUGGUACUCUCGCACAAGCCUGGGCUGUUAUUCCCAUCAACGCCGCCUACUUUAUUGCCUACUUCAGCUACUUCCCAUGGUUCAUGCGUGAUCAAAAGCUCCGAGUACGACAUGGCGAUGCGGCCAUACCGCCCGAGCGCCGACUCAAGUGGCUGCUCUUCCUCGCGCCGCUCGAACCCAUCGGUCUAUUCGGUUUCGCCUGGACAUCCUUUGGCGACUCGAAAAACAUACACUGGAUCGGAUCCAUGAUUUUCUCCGGCUGUGUCGGUAUCGCUAACUUCGCCAUCUACCUAUCCUCUGUUGAUUACAUGGUCGCGUCCUACGGUGUCUACUCGGCUUCUGCAACCGGUGGCAAUGCUUUCGCGCGCGAUCUUCUCGCUGGUAUCUCGGCCAUGUACGCGACGCCCAUGUACACAGACAUCGGCGAUAAGUGGCAUGUUGAGUAUGCAACCACCAUUCUGGCUUGUCUUUCCUGUCUGGUUGUGACUCCCAUCUAUGUGUUCUACUGGAAGGGACCCCAGCUUCGCGCGAAGAGCAAAUUUGCUUCUACGCUUGCUGCUGACAGAGAGCAGAACAAUGGUCGACGUGUCAGCAAGAUUAGCAUGGAGCCUCAGUGUUGA